AUGGAGCCGAGCCGUGUCAAGAUCUUCUUGAAACCGCAGAGUUGGAAGGACAAGAAUCCUGAAAUGCUUGAGCCCGGCAAGAGCUCGGCGAUCAACACAGAGGACAUGAAGGACAGCUACGGUGCUUCAGCAGAGAAGAUGGCUGAGGAUGCCACCUACGGAGUGACGGCCAAGGUGGCACUGAAGGGCGGCCGUGUGGUGGCGACUGGUGCUGACCCAGAUAGCAUCUCCGCUGCGCCCACAAGCCCGACCCCUGCGCCAACCACGUAUGGCGUAGCGGUGUCGCCCGAGCCAGCACCCGGUCCAGGGCCGGCUGCGGCCGCCGAGGAGGAGGGACCCUCCGUGCCCCUGGUGGGUGGCACGCUGCCGGGCACUGCAGAGACAGGCGGAGGUAAGCACGGCCGGGUGACCUGGGAGUAUGAGUGGAAGGACCACUUCUCUGCAUAUGAUGGAGAUUGCCAGUCUUACAUCGAGCGCAAAUACCAGGAGUUCCUCAAAGGCGGCAGGGACCGUGUCAACGUGAGGACGCAGGGCUUCGAGGUCUCCGUGGAUUUCAAGCGGAUGACCAGCAAGAGGGAAAAGUCAGACCGCAUCCAGAAAAUCAGGCGCAAGGAAUCGGAGUGA